UACAAAACAUAAUGCGACGUUACACUUAUCGAGUUGUUAUUAUUUUGUGGCUACCUCUUCAGGUCUUAUGUUUGGGCUUAAAAUUAGAAGGCCUGAUAGAUCUAGGUCCGAAAUGGGAUUAUGCAUACAAAUUAACGCCUAUCAAAACGGAUAACUCGAACGAAAACGAUAAAGAAACUGAUAAGAAUAAUCUAAAUAUAAUAAGGACUAAUAAUAAAGUAGAAGAUCAUGAUUUUGUAGCUGAAUCGGUUGAAACCAAUAAACAAGAUAUUCAUAAAAUUAAACAAACAGCUUCACAAGAAAAUAUCGAUAAUGAUAGUGUUAGUGACGAAAAUGAUAAAUAUGAAGGUGUAUCAGCAGACGAGAGCUCUAAUGAGAGCUAUAGCGAAAAUACAGCUCCUCGUACAUAUACUAAACAAUAUACCAGUUCACGUAGUACAAAUUUGUCAGAUUAUGAUGGAAAUCCAGAAAUAGAAGUUAAAAAUAAAAUUGAUAAACUCACAACUGAUGGAAUCUUAGAUAAAAGAAACGAUAUCAGCAAACAAACACUCGGGAAUGUAAGCGAUAGUCUUUUGAGAAUGAAAAUUAAGAAAAAGGAACAAAAAAUUAAGGACAACGCCAAAAUUAAGGAGUUUACCGUCCACAUAUUUAACCAAUCCCUCGAAAUAUUCGAUAAGAUGAAAAAAUCAACAGACGACGAGAAAAUAAAACGAAAACUCAGAUCACUGAGGCAGAGUUUUAUCGAAAAAUUCAGUGAUUUCCUCAAAGACAUAUCAGAAUAUAAAUUAAAAACAAAAUUAGCGAAUCAAAAUGUUAUCUUACAUACAAUUGAUGUGAACAAUUAUAUAUUAAAGAGGAUCGUUAAUUCCUUAUCAGAAGAUAAAGAUGGGAGUCCAGUUAGGAUAUCCGGGAUCGUGAACAUAUUUAAAAAUGAAGUUGAAAAAGUAAGAAAUAUCGAAAACAAGCACGCUUGCAUGAAAUUAUCAAUCUGUCGCAGCGACGAAGAAUACAGUGAAGAUGAAUAG